AUGGCCAAGAAGAAGCGCCAGAGGAUAAGCUAUGUCUUACCUCUCGCAAGCUCGCCAGGCGGACAUAGACUCGGGGUAAAUGGCCUCGCUUUCGACGAAGAUAGAUCAAUCUUAUACACCGGUGGACGUGACGGAGUCGUUUGCGCUUGGGAUCUUGACCUAGAAGCUCAGAAGGCAAAUACACAAGGCGACGCAGCCAAAGAGAAGAGAAGCACUACGACAUUCAGGAAACAAGUCCAAGCGCAUACCCACUGGGUCAAUGAUAUCGUCCUGGUUAAGAACAACCUGGGACUUGUUUCUGCCUCGUCAGAUGUCACGGUGAAGCUAUGGCGACCACAUGGUCACGAGACAACCCAGCCAUACACUAUCGGCUCUCACAGUGACUACGUCAAGUGCCUUGCAACCCCUGAUCGAGACGCCAACUGGGUAGCGUCAGGCGGCUUAGACCACAAAAUAUGUCUGUGGGAUCUCGGAGGGGCUGGUAAAACCCUUGAAAUCGACAUGGGGAAUGUUCAGGAUAUUGUCAAAGGCUCUAUCUAUACGCUACGAGCCAAGGGUUCACUCCUUGCAAGUGGCGGGCCCGAGAGUGUUGUUAGACUCUGGGAUGUCAGAUCAGGCAAGAACAUUACGAAGCUCGUCGGCCACACAGAUAAUGUCCGAGAUAUACUGAUCAGCGACGACGAGGACACACUACUCACCGCCUCAUCGGACCAGACGAUAAAAGUAUGGUCAAUUGCUGCAGGAAGAGUGGUACACACCUUGACGAUGCAUAACGACAGUGUCUGGAGCCUGUAUUCUAACGACCCGAAUCUGGCAGUCUUCUACUCUGGCGACAAAUCUGGUUUGGUUGCAAAGACGGACACUCGCAGAGCCAUGGAAAUUGACGAUGGAGUGUCUGUCGCCGUGUGUCAGGAGCAUGAUGGUAUCACCCGUGUCCUUCCCGCAGGUGAUUCUGUCUGGACAACGACGUCAAGUUCUAGCGUCAAUCGAUGGCUCGAUGUGGACACCGAGCUUGACGUUGAGACACCGCCACCAUCACCCCGCGAAGAGAGGUCGAAGAGUCCUGAUACAACAAAAGCAGCUGCUCCCGAACCGGAUGUACCGAUGACAAAUGGUGCUACAGUCAAUGGAAUCGAUCAUAAAAAGAGAAUCCCACACAACGCCGUGCUACGCGUUUCGAAUACUGCUGUUCACCCAGGGAGGAAGCAUCUCGGGAGAAUGCCGAACCCAUCUUUCACAAAUCUCAGGAAGGCCUCCGAGGCCAUGAUAUCGGAUGAUUUGAGCUUAGUGGUGCCCAUCAGAGGGCAGCCCGCAGAAACCAUCGAGGGUCAGAAUGGCCUGAUUAAACAUGUCAUGUUGAAUGACAGGAAACGAAUUCUCACCCUCGAUACUGCGGGUGAGGUUGUUCUGUGGGAUUUAUUGAAGUGUUGUCAAAUCAAAUCCUUCGGUCGUCGUCAUCUCGACGAAGUUGUUCCCGAGGUGAACUCCACUGAAAGUGUUGCCAAUUGGUGCGCUGUCGACACAAAGACGGGAAAGAUUACGGUGAUGUUAGAGGAAAACUAUUGCUUUGACGCCGAAGUCUACGCCGAUGAACUCGAUCUGUCCAAUGAACUUGUGUUCCGAGAUGAUCAGAGAAUUAAUCUGGGGAAAUGGGUGCUGCGCAACCUCUUUGCUUCAUUGCUCGACGAAGAGAUCAAGCGAGAUGAAGCACACAGGAGUACGCUCGAGGUGAUACCUCCAACUCCAGCCACUGGACUCGUCCGCCCAGGCGCACCGACCAGCAUUACAAUGCCUGAGUCUGUCAGCGCUACUCCGAUGGUCUCUCCUGGGACAACGGCUACGCCUCGUGCCUCGAACGGGAACGCUGCAGUGCCACCGACCCCCGGGCUUGCAAUUGGGGCAGCAACACCAGGCUUUGCACCCAUGACAAUGACUCUCUCCAGCACAGCGGAGGAAGCGGCCGAGUCUGUCACUAGAACUCCUCAGCCGAUUCAACAGACACCGACGACGGCCACCGUGACCGACCCAUCAAGCGACUACUUUUCCCGCAACAGCAGCGCCAACAAUCAGUCCGAAGCAUCAUCUGAGAGCAACAAGGUACCCGACACACCAGGAAACAGUGAUAACAACAACAACCAACACGCACCACUCGCGACACCCACAUCCCCAACGGAAGAAAGGAAGAAGGGCCUCUUCGGCAAGAAGUUCUCCGGCAUGGCCUUCCCUAAGAAGCUCGCACGCACGUCCACCGAGGUAACUAAGACGCCGGCAGUCGCGCAGGAAGAAAAAUCCGACACCGCUUCACAUAUAUCCUCGUCAGAGAAGGAGGAGAAGGUGAUCGAGGAUAACUUCUUCGGUGUCGUGCAAAAGAUCCGCCAGGAGUACGACGAGCAUUUGGAGUCGAAACCGGGCGAGCCGCUGCCUCAGGGUAUCACGCCCAGUUUACCGAAUGAGACGCCGGUGUUGAAUCCGCCGCCCCAUACAACGAUUAUCAUUCAGGAGGAUAACCCGGAGAGUGGUGGCCUGGCGGAUCAGUAUAGAGGCGAAAUCAGCGAGCUGGGGAAUGAGGCUGAUACACUGGAGAAGAUCGCGCCUAUGUGGUUAGGCGAUUUGCUAUUGAAGAACCAAAUCCCAUACAAAGACACUGUAAAAGUGUCCUUCAUGCUCCAACCGUACGAAAACCUUCUACCCUCCAUUGCCUCCCCCGACGGCAACGCGCGCCUGAACGCGAACCGGAUGCUGCGCGCAAAGAAGAUCAUGGCGUAUGUGGCCGAGCGCAUCGAGGCCGCCGCCGACCCGGAGCAUCCAGACCCAGAGGGCCAAAACACCCUCAAACCUGAAGAGUACCUCGAGUUGUACUGCCAGGGCCAGCUCGUGGAUCCGAAUGCCACGCUGGCGAGUCUCAGGGUCCAUGUGUGGAGGACGGGCGGCGAUGUCGUGUUGUACUACAAGAGUAACGGGAAGAAGACGUUGAGACUGCCGCAUCCCGCGGAGGUGCCGACUAAGGAGGAGAGUGAGGAGCAUACCGGUGUUGUCAGGUGA